AGAUGCUCCGGCCAAGUCCAAACAAACUGGUUUGGAGAGAUGUUGUUCAGUUGUGUUCGACCCGUGCGACAGUGCAGUUAGAGAGCUCUCGUGUGCUCCCAGUGGCCGUUUUCGUUCGUUAGUAAAGCCCAUCAUAGAUGGUGUGUUGAUUGUUGAUGUCAUCAAGGUGUGUUAAGAGGCAUGGCUUAAGAAGAGAUGCAUGGUGCAGGGAAGGUAUUCUGUUUGGGUGAAUGUGUUAUCAAUUCCGAGGAAAUCUGUUCCUUCGUUGUCUGUGGCGUGUAGGUAAUCUGGUCGUGCGAUCGCCAGUCGUGACUCAAGGGAAGACCCCGCCAUUGUAGAAGACUGUGUGCGUGCUCGCUGUUUUCGGACACAUUCCGAUACUUUCUGCGUGGUCUUCUUCGAGACGAAUGGUGUUUGGAUGUGGCGGCAUGGGAAGAGAAUGAAUAAAAGUGCAUUCAAGUAAUGUGUAGAAGAAAAUUCAAAAGAAGAGUGAAUCUCUAAUGGAGUGAAGAUCAUCAGUGAGGUUGGAAGAAAGUUUCGUUUGUCGGAAGAUGGUCCCAUUAGUGCGUUGAUUUGACGAGUUUGAACAAUUUUCGAUACUUUGUUAAGUGGAGGGCUGACCUCCAGACGAGUGUCGUUCAGUGGUGCUCGAUUCAAACAUUCCAGUAGUGGUUUUUAAGUGGCUGGUGAUUCACACACUAUCGGAAGAGAUCGAUCAAUGGUAAUUGAUUGAUAGCCGCCUAUAAAUGCUGGCUCCUUGUCGAAAGCGUGCGAUGGGUGCUGAAGUGGUAGAAGAGAAUAUAUGGCUGUAUAAUAACUGAACAUAACAGGCUGACUUCACUCGCGUGUCGUUGAUCUUUCGAAACAUCGGCACCAGCUUAGUUCUUGAAGGCGUGAAAGAAUUUGGAUUUCAUAUUGAAGCUAGUGUGAUGCAUGGAACUCCAUGAAGCUCUAUGGUAUCGGAGAAAAUAACUGUGUCAAAAAUUGACUGAUUCUGUUGUACAGAUCGUUUGUGCUUGAUAACAUAAUUAUGAGCACUUCCAACGAAGCCACCUCAAUCGUUGGAUGAACCCGAGAAGCGCUUAAAUUUAACCACGCGUGGAAAUUCCCGGCACUGCCUAAUCGCUGAAGAGCUUUGACCAAGAGCAGAGAAAAAAACAUCGGCGACGUAAGAAAUACUACACCUCGGCACAUUUCGCGCGCGCGGGCUCCUAUUUUAACGAUCACUCGAUUCGCAACUUCCAAGCAGCUGAUUAUUCCGUAACAAAUGUCGAUGCGAAAUGGGAGAUAUGCUUCCCGCUUGGUUGCCGCCCGACACUCGACUAUAAUACUCAUUCACUGGUUAUACUAAGAGCUUACAAAGAUAUAACUAAGGUGGAAGUCUUGAAAGGCAGCCGCCAGCCGUAAAGUACGGAAAUAUAAAUCACACUCGAGGGGGUUUCCAGAGAGUAACGUUUCACAUAUCGACAUUGAUGUGCGUCUCUGUUGGAAUUGGAAAUUCAGACGAAGAGUUUGAGCGAAAACAGUCCAAUGUGCGAUAUCUGCAGAAACGAAGAAAACUAGGAAAGGAAAAGUGAAAGACUGCUCUUCGGUCGGCUGACUCCGGGUCUCUUCUUCGAAUUUGGCUCGGCUAGACUGUGCGGAAAGUGGAGUUGCCCGGGAUGGCCCCAGUUGCAAUAGCCCCAACUCCAACUCCGAAAGCAGUGCCCGUGUGUGAAGAUAUACGCAAUUUACGCUCCAAGUGAUGAGAAAGUGUUGAUUUAUAAUAAUUUUCAGUUGAUUUUUUGUGUGAAGAGAUUCGAGGAAGUAAAACGGUGAAGAAGUAGCUUGGGAAGUAGAGCUGUAGCUGAGUGGUGUCAAUAAAAGUCGUAGAAAUCCCCCGAAACGUCCCCCGCGUGUGCCGUAGAAGCGAUUUAUGCGGGUAUCAGUGGAAAGUGGGGGCUGCGUUAAUUAAGAUUUAUUGUUCCUUAAAAGUUGAACAAUUCGGUUGAAGAAGAAGUGAUAAAGUUAACGGGGUCACUUAAGAAGUGAACCGAAGUUGAGGUCCGUGAAGGGUCAGCGUAGAAGUGAAGUGCCCAUAAAACAGCUUCAAAGUGUCGCUCAAAGGGGCAGCAGCAAAGAUGCCGCCGGUUAAUAUGCCGGAGAAUGGUGGAUCCGGACCGCCGAGUCGGACGCCGUCCAUUAUGGACAGUCCCACAUUGGCCCGGGUUGAAAGGGCUCGACUACGGCAGGAAGCCGGAAGCAGCCAGCGGGAGGACAGUUUGGAGCGGGCGUUGCUGGAUCCUAAGAAGUCGCUGCUAAUUGGCCGUAUUCCGGUGUCCCAGAUGACCGGACCGAUCAAGCGUGGCCUUCUCUGGCAGCAGCGGGACCGGCUUUUCUCCAGAUGGAAGGAAAGAUAUUUCAUCCUGACGCGUGAUUAUCUCAACUGCUUCAAACGGUCGUCUGGAUCGGCCUCGGAAAAGAUUUCCGACAUGGGACAGUUCAUUUUUAAGAUCAAACUGGUAGACGUGGAGAAGGUCGAGUGGUUGAACCGGCGGUCCUACAGCGCAAUUGGCUUGCUUCUCGGGUCCCGAGAGGGUCGUGUCUUAUUGCGCUGUGACCAAGGCCUCGAGGAUUGGUUUGAGCUGCUGGAGGAAUGCACUCUGAGCAGUAAGGAACGUCGUCGUGCCCUUCGCCUGACGCAGGGACCCCGAUCACGUGCCUCGCUAGCCGCUCCGGUGUCGCACAGUUCGCUGCAAAACAACCAUCUCGGCCUCGGUGGAACCUACUCGGGUGCGAUCGAAGACUGGCUCAUGUCCCGGCACCACAAAACGUCCAGCAACCACCACCAUCUGCACUUCCUGCACUCGGAUUCCGUGCCCGAUCUGAGCACCAUCAACGAGAACGGUCUAAUCAGUGGAAUGCUGACAAAUCACUCUACGCCGAAGAAGGUCCCGAACGCACGGCACAACUUCAUCGGAAGCUCAUCCAACGGCUACAACAGCCACAACGGAAGCUUCAGCAACGGGUUACCGUACUCACCGCUAAAGAAGCUGUCGGACAACUUCCUCAACGGCAACAGCACCUACAUUAUCAACGAUGAAGACGAAGAAGUGGAACUGAGACGAGGAGGACGAUACAGGGACAAUGACGAUCUCUACCGACGACCCCUGGGGCCGUCAGGGAACGACAGCAAUAGACAUUCUCUACUAACCGAUCUGGACUAUUCGGCCUGUGAUAGCGGCCUGGACACGCCACCCUCGACGCACCGUCCGUCCAGCUGUCGCGACAACGUGUUCAUGAUUGCAGCCUACAACCACCACAACCAAAGCAUCAAUAAGGACAAAACCACCGACACGGGAAUCAGCUCGUCCCGCGGUACUUUGGUGUCGCCGGCCAACAGCAUUCGCCACGGUUUCCUCAACAUCAAUAACAACAUGAACAGUUAUGGAUCCAGGUACAGUGUCCAGGAGCAGAAGAUCCUUCGGGCACGCAAUAAUGCCGAAGAGAACAAGAACUCCAUUCGGUCGAUUCGCGCGGAGUUCUUCGAGCAGAACAAAUACAACAACAACAUCACCAACGGACAUCACUACCAUCCACAGCAGGCGCAACAGGGAAGCAUCGGAAGCAACGGAAACAUACAUCAGUUGCAGCAGCAACAUUACCACAAUCACAACCAUCAGCAUCUGCAGCAGCAGCAACAACAUCAACUGCUACAGCAACAGCACAGCAACGGGCUGAACAACAAUCCCAAUGGGCACUACCAGCAGCACUACAAUGGGAACAGUAUUAACGGCAGUGUCAACGGAAACGGGACAGCGGCGUUGCGAGACCGCUAUCAGCACCCAGCACUGGCUGCAAUCAUCAACGAAUCACAGGGAAUGAAAUUUAGAGAUCGUUCCUACUCGGAUUGCCAGCAGGUGCCACGCCGUCAGUGGACCAGCAACACGCCCAGUCCCAAACGCAUUCCAUAUCUGGGAACUCCGCCAACUCGUGUCUAACUCCAUCCGGUUCCCAGUGAAUACAUUCACCGUAGAACUCGCAAGCUCGAGAAUAUCACGAACUGAGCGACAAAACAUAGUCAUUGUGAGUGAUUAGUUUUUCCAAACCUACCGAUCGUAACCCAAACUCGUAGAACGAUAGCAGUACUGACCGUAGAUGCAACCAUUUUGUACCCUCUUAGUAUUGAUGAUGAUAUUCGAAUCCCUUCGGUUUAGUCUUAGAUUAGUAGUUGUAUAGACUUGCAGUUCGAUGCAGCAUUACCACUUUAGAGAUCCUCCGAAUCUCAACAGUUUACAUCGCAGACAUAUCAAAGCAAAAGCAGUUUCUGCGUUCGAACAGAUCUACAAUCGAUACUUUCAUUUCUUAUUAAACUUUAAGAAGAACAAUAAGACAGGGCCGAGAGAGGGCUGGAAGCUCUUUCAACUCGAACAAAAAAAAAAUAAUCAAAAUGAUUCGUAUACUCUUCCGCUAAUGUCGUUGUUGUCAUUGUCGUAAGCCAGGCAAACCAAAAUCAAAGAAAUUCAACGAAUAACGUAUAAACAAAAUCUACCUACAUUUUUAGGCCAGCUUUUAGAAAGCACAGAAUGUGCUAGAAAAACGUGUUGUUAAUGCUUUCGAUCGAAAUUUUAGCCUCCAUGUUUCGGAUGCAUUUCAUCAUCUUGAUUGAAAAUCAGAGCUAUAGUUUUUUUUUAGACAUAAGCGUCGAAUUCUCAACAGUCAAAGUAGAACUUUGUGCAACGAUGCCGUUGAUGAAACCGAUGCACCAGCUGAGUGUGUGCUGUUCCGUAUUUCCUAUUCCUUAGUCAGCGAUAGGGUCCCUAGUAGAUUUACACGCUAGAAGCUAAGAAAAACGAAACGAAGAAACUAAACGCAAGUGUUCACAUUUUAGAUUCUAACGGACGAGUGCGGAGUAGUCUACAGACGCACACCGAAUUAGGGUCUAGUGAUGAUGUUUUUUUUGUGCGUAGAACAAUUCGUGUUUAGGUGAUAUGUUUAUGAAAUAAAAUCAAAAAUCGAUUCA